UGCUUAGCGGUUCCUGCCUUUAGCUUCUAUUGACUCUGUACCUGCAUCUUAGGCCUAAACUCUGAACUAAAGUACGAGCAAAAGCGCAAGAGCGCUGAAGAAACUUCCGUUCGCCACUCCAUACCCUCGAAUAUGAUAAGUUAAUAGGUCCUCAUUCACGCACGUGUCGCCGAACACAAAUAAAAACUUAAUCACAGGAAGCAAGGGUACCUGAUCAAGCGCCCAUCCGACCUAAAUGCUUUCGGUAUACCUGUGGAUCGCACGUCGGGCGAGGAACAUGACUAUCGUGAGUAUUGCGUUGAACUCCAGGAUAGAGACACGCUGCGGACACAACCCGCCUAUCCACAUCCAGUAGUUCAUUUGUUUGGUCAAACCCUCAAUCAUAUCCCCAGCAAUUCCCCAUAGACCGUAAAUGUCAAGUGCAUAUUGUGUGGAAACGCAGACCAGCAUAUUCCGCCGCAUCCGCUUCUUUGUUUUUGACGAGCUCGUUCAUCGCCUGGAAGAACACACUGUGUUGCAUCCAGCUCGUGUUAUAGGAGAAAGGCGGCCACUGCGAUAUCUCGUACAGCCUCUUCGUCAAAGUCUUGCCGCGUCGGGGUACAUCGUUGAAGCAGGUCUGGCACUACAUCUUGAAUCCCUUUUGAAUCAUUCUUUCAACGCAGGCGCUGCCAAUAAUAUACCCGCAUGGUGUCUGAAGAGUUUGGCACAGUGCUGCGGAGUCGUCUUCUUCGAUGCCGUAUUCGCGUCUGCAGGUGGGUCUUUCGGUGUCGAGUGGGAGGGCGCUGGAGAGGGGCUGGUAGGCGUAGCCGGCGAAGAGAUUGCUGAGUUUGAAGGCGAACAUAACGGCUGUGGCUUGCGGUGUGCCAGUCGGGAAGAGCGGGCUUUUGGUACUGGAUUUGGGGAUGCACGCCAUAAAAUAGAUGGCUUUGUUUGCGGUGAGAUUCAGUUUGGACAUGAUGCGGUAUGAGACAUCAAGAAUACAUAAGAGGAGAAAUUAAGUUUUGCUUGUGGAUUUCUGCGACUAUGUCGCGUGGUAGAGUUUGCUUGAGC